GAUCUCCGCUUAGUAUUAGAUUCAAUGGCUGACGUGGCACCACCUGGACCCAUCCAAUUGAGGGAUCGAGAUUUUUUCCUCCCUCCUAGGGUUGGAAUAUUUUAGGCCCUACGAUUUCAGUGGACUAUGUGUUUUCGCCGUUCGAUUUUACUUAAAUAUUUGAGGCGGUGGAGAUUUCAGAUAUUUUAACCUUUUCGUUUUUCUCUUAGCAGAGUGCGAGAUUUUUUAUUUGUUUCGCUUAGCUGAGAUUAUGGGAGAGGUGGUGAUUAGUGGUGAAGAUUUGGAACUCAAGGCUGAGAGCAUGAGAAAGAGGGAGGAGGAGGAAGUGAAAAUUGACGAAGAGCAACUAGACGAGUCGGAGAUGAAGGAAGGUAAUGGGUUGUUUGUGAGAUGGGAGAAGUUGUUGCCGAAGAUGGUGUUGAGAGUAUUGUUGGUUGAAGCUGAUGAUUCUACUAGGCAGAUUAUAGCUGCUUUACUUAGGAAAUGUAGCUACAAAGUUGUGGCUGUUCCCGAUGGCUUAAAGGCGUGGGAGAUGCUGAAAGGAAGACCCCAUAAUAUAGACCUCAUUUUGACAGAAGUGGAUUUACCUUCAAUAUCAGGAUAUGCCCUUCUUACUCUAAUUAUGGAGCAUGAGAAUUGCAAAAGUAUACCAGUUAUAAUGAUGUCCUCACAGGAUUCAAUUAGUACGGUUUAUAAAUGCAUGUUGAGAGGUGCUUCUGAUUAUCUUGUUAAGCCUAUCAGAAUAAAUGAACUGAGAAAUUUGUGGCAGCAUGUAUGGAGAAGACAAUCUUCUCUUGCUGGAGGAAAUGGCCUCCAGGAUGAAAGUGUUGGGCAAGAUAAGGUUGAGGCUACUUCUGAAAAUAAUGCUGCCAGUAAUCAUUCAAGUGGUGACAUGGCUUGUAUUCAACAUGAUAAAGAAUUCAUUGAGAAAGGGAGUGAUGCUCAGAGCUCUUGCACAAAGCCAGAUGUGGAAGCUGAGAGUGCUCCUAUGGAAAAUACGAGGGACAUUUUGCAACCAGUAUCGGGCAAAGUUUUUCUUAAAGACAUACCAAUGCAGAAACAUGAAGCACACAGGGAUUGCAGUCAGAUAUUGCUUUUGCAUGAGAGUGAACCUGGGGGAUCAGCUGUGGUUGCUUGCAAACAUUCCAAUCGAAUGACCGUCAAUGAGAGUGUUGAACCAGAAAGUCAAAGAAUGAAUUCUAGUGUCACCCGUGAGGCCCGUGACAACAAUCAUGUCCUUGUCAUCUCGUCUAGAGAAGCUAUAGAUUUCAUGGGAACAUCUGCUGGUUACAAUUCUUCUUUAGAUAAUGCUAAAAGCAAGUUUGAUUGUUCUCCACAUUUGGAUCUGUGCUUGACAAGAUGCCAUCCUAGUAGCUUUGAGAUUCAAGUUACUGAAGAAAGACAUACUCUCAGGCAUUCUAAUGCUUCAGCUUUUACGCGGUAUACUAACAGGCCAUUACAAAACGUACAUUCAAUGUUGGGAAGUGUUUCUAAUCAGAAAGAACUUGGAGCUAAUUCUGAGAGAAAACUAUCCAGCAAUGUUAGUGACUAUAACUCUGAUACUCCUGGUCCAGCUACUGAAAGAAAUAACGCUUCUCUGGCUACUGGUCAAACCAAAGAGUCUGAAAUUGCAAGUUCUUGCGGUCAACAAAGAGUAUUUCCAAUCCAAAUUCCAGUUAAUGGUAUAAGCUUUAAUAAUCUGUGCACCAGCUAUGGUUCCACAUUUCCUCCAAUUUUCUGUAAACAAUCUGGUGCAUCAACAAUAGUGAGUCCAAGUUCAGGCAGCCAGCUGGAACCCAGCCCUAAAGUAAAUCCAUUUCAUCAGUCCAGCUUCAAAAGUAAUUCUGAACUCCACAAUCAAUUUGGUCAAACUCCAAAUGAUUCCACCAAUCUAUCUCUGCAAAAACAGGACCACAAGUUGGAUUCUUUGGAGGAUCGAGGACACAUUUCUCCUGCCACUGAUCAGAGUGCAACUAGCAGCUUCUGUAAUGGUGCUGCAAGUCAUCUUAACAUGGGUUAUGGAAGCACUUCUGGAAGUAAUAGCAAUGUUGAUCAGGUUGCUAUGAUCAGGGCUGCUGCUGAGAGAAAAAAUGAAGGUGUUUUACAGAAUGCAAAUUCAUAUCGAUCUAUCCAAAGAGAAGCAGCUCUAUCUAAGUUUCGCAUGAAGCGGAAAGAUAGAUGUUAUGAGAAGAAGGUUCGCUAUGAGAGUAGGAAAAAACUUGCUGAGCAAAGGCCCAGAGUCAAAGGACAAUUUGUUCGUCAAGCGCACCCCCCACCUGCAGAAACGGAGCAGUGGCAUGACAGUUCUAUCGAUGGUUAGCAACUAUGGUCAUACAGUUGAUUAGGGUGGAAUCCGUAGAUCAUAGACCAGGCAUUGAUUGUUUCUGCCUUUUGCUUUGUGAUGUAUGAAAGAUGAAAGAUGAGGAGAAAAUGGUCAAGGAAUGGAUAAGUGGGGUUAAUGAUUAUCGGCCAUGCGGAAUUCCCCACCAUGUUAACCGGGCCAUUUUGGAUCCCUUCAAAUUUUCAAUAUAUUUGUUUUAUUUGUGGAUAUAACAUAAUUAUCCCUAUCCUUUGUAGAAUGGGUUUGUAGCUUUCUAGUUUAGAGGUUUUCUUUUGUAUAGUUUGGGAAAGGUUGUCUCAUGUUGUUUUUGUUUUCACUUCGAAUUUAACGUAUAACUUUUUCUCAUUCAUAUGUUUUAUAGAUAGUUCAGUACAUAAGCUUGGAGGCAACUUAUUUUCUUCGACUCUUGACCUUCUUGUCUUUGACAAGAAUUGGAUUGAUGGUUUUUCUUUUUGGUA